AUGGUGCAAAGUGAAAGAGAAGUUGAUGGGAUUUUGGGUUCAAAGAAAACAGUUCGUGUUGAAAAUGAUUUGACAAAUAGAAUUUCUGUGUUUCUUCAUUGCAAAUCGAAGGAUGAUGAUCUUGGAGAACAUGUUCUUCAGAAUGGACAGUAUCAAGAAUGGAGUUUCAGAGAUAACAUUUUUCACAGCACUCUUUUCUGGUGUGCCAUGCGAGCAUCCAAUGUUCAAAGCAGUUUUGAUGUUUAUAGUUAUAAAGCUGACAGUGCUUUGUGUGACCAAUGUAACAGAAGUUUGAGAAAUGAUGGAUUGUAUUUCUAUAAUCAGUACGAAAACAAAUGGGAGAAGAGACUCUCAUGGAAUAUCCAAGCUUUCUGA